CUCUCUCUCUCUCUUUUCGUGUGAGGGUGGUGAUGGCUUUGGGUCCGGGGAGGUUCUACGGCAAAAGCCUCCCGCGGCCCCGUUUCUUUGCCGACGUGAAGAUGAACGACGAAAGGGUGGAUCCGCCGGUGCCCGUCAUGGACCCUCUCCUUUCGUGGGCCAACGAGGCGCACUGGUCCAUGGGCGGUAAAAGCUUCAAGCGCCACCGCCUCCAGGGCCGCAUCGAAGGCUCCAUCAAGAAGCUCCGCGAUCAGCAAGAGAGAGCCCAACGGAGAACCAUAAUUUCCUCCUCUCCGUUGAUCGCGAAGUCCAGAGUCUCCGGCCAGAAGCCCCUCGGUCUUGGAUCUCUCGACGCCGGCUCAGCCGAUAGCGGCGAGGAGGAGGCGGGACAAAAGGGGAGUCAAGCUAGAAUCUUUCGCUCUCCGAAUGGAUCUGUCGAUAGGAAGAGGACGAAGGUUAGGAGGCACAAGAAGGAAUUCGACGGGAAUGGGGCCGAGCAUUUGAAGGGGCUGAGUGGGGAGGCGGGCGGAGUGGCGUCGAGGACCCGGCGCCGUGGGCAAGCUGCAGAGGAACUCGAGAUUGGUGAGGAGGAUGCUCUUCCGGCGGCUACUGAUGGGAAAGGGAACACCGAGAAGAAGAAGAGGAAGGAGGUGGAUAGUGCAUUGCCGAGGAGGACUUCACCGACGAAGAAGCGAUCAAUCUGAUUCCCAUGAGGCAUACAUCUUAGUAUUCUCGUAAGACUGCUGUGUUCUGGUCUUAAUCGUUCAGGAGAUGUGAAGAUCGCGACUGAAAGGUCUCAACUUUCUGCAUCAUUUUGUUUGAUUUGUUGAUGGUGACGAGGAACAAGUGCAAAUUCACAAUGGCAGCGUUGUUGAUCCAAGAUCCUCGACUCAUCUGCUCUGAUUCUUUGACUCCGCCUCGAAGAAAACCGAGGCAAUGUAAUCGGAGAACUUGGUCUCUGCAUGCGAUUGAACUCUGCUACUUGUUGCCACAAGAUUUUUAAUUUCAAAACAAACUGCCAUCGAA